CACGGACAUUACAUGGUUGAAUUCGCUCGGCUUGCUCCAAGAGCUUUGGGCCCAGUAGCUUGCAGGAUGGCGAAAGUGGGGAGAGGCUACGGAAAGUCAUGGGCAUCAAACAACUGGGCAAAUUUCUCAAAAGCAGCUGCCCCAGCGCCAUGAACUCUCACUCGCCGGCAGCAGAGUACAAGGAUCAGACUGUGGCCAUCGAUGUCAGCUGUUGCUUGUACCAAUGCAUUACUGCCAUGGGGGACACUCCACGCGGCGUUCAGCCGGGGAGUGAGCUGGACACCAGCCAUAUUGCCGGGCUGCUCCGGCGAAGCAUCAGGCUGUUGGAGUUGGGCAUCAAGCCAAUCUUUAUUUUUGAUGGCGAAGCCCCUAUGAUGAAGAGCCAUGUGCUCCAGCAGCGGGAGAAGAAUCGCGCCAAGUCCAGAGAGCUUCUGGAAGAGGCCCAGGCGAUGGGCGAUCAAGAAGCCAUGAAACGCUAUGGCGCCAGGUUGGUGAAGGUGACCCAGCGGCAGAACGAUGAAGCGAGGGAGCUUUUAGGCGUCAUGGGCCUCCCAGCAGUGUUAGCGCCUGGAGAAGCAGAGCGUCUUUGUGCCCAACUAGCCUUGAACGGCCUGGCACAAGCAGCGGCCACAGAGGACUUCGACGCCUUGGCCUUCGGUGCACCAAAGGUGCUGCGGAAUUUGCACCAGGGGAGCGCAUCGCCACAGGUGCCGCUGGUUCAGGAGAUCCGCAUGCCAGAGAUCUUGGCGCAGCUGCAUUUCUCUCAGGAGGAAUUUGUGGACUUUUGUAUCCUCGCAGGUUGUGACUACCUUCCCACCAUCUCCAAGAUGGGGAUCAUGACGGCGCAGCAGCUGAUCAAGAAGCACCGGAACAUUGAAAGCAUCCUGAGGAAUCUUGACCGCGCCAAGUACAAGGUGCCAGAAGACUGGAACUUCCAGGGUGCAAGGCAAUGCUUUUGCCCUAUGGACUUGGGUUUCUUACGGCAGACUGAACUGAAGGAGAAGCCUGUGGACGCUGGGGCUUUGCGACGUUUGCUCCUUGAGCGCCAUUCGCUACCGCCAGAGAUGGUCGACGAGAACAUGCGGAAGCUUAUCACAGUGAAAGGCUGCUUGCAGCCUCCACGGCCGCUUCAGUCUCCACCGCCGCGCGUGCCGAAGAACGGACAGCAGCGGCUAGCUGCUAACGUGAAACAGGAGAAGAAGCCCAGAGAGAGACAGAAGAAACAGUUUGGAUCCAGGCCUCCGGCCACGCCACAAAAGAAGGGGAGCCCUUUGCGCCAAGCCUUCUUCAAGGGCAAGCGCACGGUGGUGGACGAGGCCUCGCCCGUGGCCAAAAGGCGACGCCAUGCGGUGGCCAUGCUCCAGCACUGCUUCGGUGACGAUUUGCUGCUGCCCGCGGAGACGCCCUUAGCAGAACUGGAGCGCCUAGUCCAAGAGGUGCAGACGGAUGCAUCCUCUCAGGCAAGGCAGGACAUAGCUUUUUGAGAAACAGUUCCAGACUCAGGCUCCCUCCAUGCAAGGCGCUCUGAAAAGGCCCCACCCCCAAUACGCUAAGGAUAUCCUGGAGGCUGUAUGUUGUGAAGAGUUGUGCGCGCCAGUUCAUUGCUCAGAACACCAUCCCUCGCAACAAACCUAGUAUAUAGAACAGAUGUUUGGCAGCCCAAGAUUGAGGAACUGAGAUUGGUUGGUCCUCCUUGAAUCAUCUUGACUCCGACCGAAGGGUCGGGUGAGAGGCAGGCGAAAUCGGCCAGGCCUCGCAGUGUACCACUCUUCCGGGGAGCAGCUUGUUUAGCUGCCUAUCAUUGGAGGAGCCGCCAUUCCAUGUGAAGGUAACGAUGACUUGGCACCAAGUUUGCCCACUUUUUGUCGGCACUGCAAGUGCAUCGAGUUAGAUCACAUCAGCUGCUUUUGACGUCUUUCAGUACUGUGAGCUCAGAAAGCGCAUGAAAACGCUGCACUCAGAGAUUGGCCCACCACCAGGCUC